AUGCCUAGCCACGAAAGUGAAGCUUCAGCCAAGCCUGGGCGACAGGGUGCCUCGCCCACUCCGGAGGGGCAGGACACGGCGACACGGCCACUGCCUUUCACCCAGCUGGCACCAAACGAGACAUCCUCGCUGAAAAGGGCUACUAAAACAUCCCCCCCGCCCCCCCGGUUCCCGACGGGCAUGUAUGUCCGCUGGAAGAGGAAUGAGGGACGGCAAGCACCUCCGGACAGCCCGGGAGUGAGAGCUGCAUGGGGAGCGAGAGGGGCGGGGCUGCUCCCGUCGCGGGUCCUGGGCGGGGCGGAGCGGGCGGAGCGAUGCCCAGCACCGCCCUGCCCCGCGUUCCUGAGGGCUCCGCCCGGAGGAUGGUGGGUCCGGCUCUGGGCGGGCCGGGGCACUGCCCCGGUUCGGCCAGCGUCGGUCCGCUCCUCGCUCCUCCCCUCGCGGCCUUCCCGGGCUCACCUGUGCGCGCCUGCAUCCCCUUCCUGCCCGCUUUCCCUCCCCCCCGCGUCCGUCUGGGAAUUAACAUACUCGUAUCUGUUCGGGCAAGUGAUCUUCAUUCACCUGUGCAGCAAGGCUGCUGAACUCCCGGACGGUAUUUAUCUUGAGUUGUGUGCAUCCCCAGCACCGAGUACCUCAGGACAACACCAGAUACCGGCCAGCAGUCUGCAGAAAACGAGGUCUUCCACAACCAGGAUGAGGGACAUACUGACCCAUCUAACCCAGCGCCUGCUCAAGGGCGAGCACAGAUGAAAACUCCAAUUUCCCACUGCUGGGUAUCUCUCAGGGGUGUGGGGCCCAGGGAUCUCAUAGUGCCCUAUUGCCUUGCCUAAUGCGAGGAGAUGCUAAGUGGAAGAAAGGCCUUUCUUUUGUCGGAUGCUGAAGGGGAUCAGUCAUUUCACAUAUGUUACCCAAGACUGCUAUCAGGUAGCAUAACUUUGAUCACUGAAAGCUGCAGCCAAGCUGAUAAGCAGGAGCAGAGAGCUGGUAUAGCCCAUUUCAAACCUCCAUGUGUAAGUCUAAGGUUCUCAUUUUUAUAAUCUUGUUCUGAAAGCACCUACAAAUUAUUUCUCAAAAAGAAACACAUUUCAGUUU